AUGGCUGGUGCGCUGGCGAGGAUUAUUCAGGGUUCGAAGAACCAUUUAGGUUUAAUAGGACCAUUAGCUAGUAUCAACAAUGGUUCGAUUAGAUUCCAGCAAACGCAAAGCACCAAGACCAAAUUUGGCCCUUUGGCAGACAGUGAUAGAGUCUUCACAAAUUUAUAUGGACGACAUGAUUGGCGACUGAAAGGUGCCCUGCGCCGCGGAGACUGGUAUAUGACUAAGGAGAUCCUGCUCAAGGGAACAGAUUGGAUCGUCAAUGAACUGAAAACAUCUGGUCUUCGUGGACGUGGUGGAGCUGGUUUCCCAACUGGUAUGAAGUGGUCCUUCAUGAACAAGCCUUCUGACGGUAGACCUAAAUACUUAGUAGUUAAUGCUGAUGAAGGAGAGCCAGGAACUUGCAAGGAUCGUGAAAUUAUGCGUCAUGAUCCACAUAAACUUGUUGAAGGUUGUCUCAUAGCAGGCAAGGCCAUGGGAGCUCAAGCUGCUUAUAUUUACAUAAGAGGAGAGUUCUAUAAUGAAGCCAGCAACUUGCAAGUUGCUAUUGCUGAGGCAUACCAAGCAGGUUUGAUUGGUAAAAACGCCUGUGGGUCAGGAUAUGACUUUGAUGUGUUUGUACACCGUGGUGCUGGUGCAUAUAUUUGCGGAGAGGAGACAGCCCUUAUUGAGUCUAUUGAGGGCAAACAGGGCAAGCCCCGCCUAAAGCCCCCAUUCCCAGCAGAUGUAGGACUCUUUGGAUGUCCCACUACUGUUAACAAUGUGGAGACCAUUGCUGUGGCCCCAACAAUCUGUCGCCGUGGAGGUAGUUGGUUCGCAUCCUUUGGAAGGCCACGUAACAGUGGUACCAAGCUGUUCAACAUCUCGGGUCACGUAAACACACCCUGCACCGUUGAAGAGGAGAUGAGCAUCCCCCUCAAGGAGCUGAUAGAGAGACACGCUGGAGGAGUCACCGGAGGCUGGGAUAACCUCCUUGCAAUCAUACCUGGGGGAUCAUCUACUCCGUUGAUACCUAAAGACGUAUGCUCGACAGUACUAAUGGACUUCGACGGGCUGGUGGCGGCUCAGACGUCGUUGGGCACGGCGGCCAUCAUCGUGAUGGACAAGUCUACGGACAUCGUGAAGGCCAUCGCUCGCCUCAUCAUGUUCUACAAGCACGAGUCCUGCGGACAGUGCACGCCAUGCCGCGAGGGCGUGUCCUGGAUGAAUAAGAUUAUAUACAGAUUCGUCGAUGGCAACGCAUCACCUAAAGAAAUCGAUAUGUUGUGGGAGAUCUCAAAACAAAUUGAAGGGCACACAAUCUGCGCGCUGGGCGACGGCGCGGCGUGGCCGGUGCAGGGUCUCAUCCGUCACUUCCGCCCCGAGCUCGAACGCCGCAUGCAGCAGUAUGCCGCCGAGCACGGACCCAGUGAGGCCGAGCGACUAUAC